GGAUUAUAUAAAAACAAAUGAGAGAUUUAGGAGUUAUAAAAAUUCAGUUAUACUAAUAGUUUUAAUGAAUAACAAUAUAAUUUUUAGUGAUUUAUGAUAUCCAAGAUAAGAAUAAUAAGAAAAUAGAAUUAUAAAAAGCUUUCAUAAAGAUGAAACUUUAGAAGGAAGCGAUGAAAAUUUAUUACAUUUACAGUUUGUUCGAAUGAAGUUUUAGGUGACACCAAUAGAUUUAGAGUAUGACAAAAAUUUAGUUAUUAAUUAGAGCAUAAUUUGAAUAGAUGUUGAGAAUAUUUUAAUAAUAUCAACUAUCUAAUAUCCUUUGUAUAUAUAUUUGAACCCUUACAUAAUAAAAUAAUUAUAGAGAGAUCAAAAGACUUAUUGAUAAUUUAUAUACUAAAGUGAUACAAUAGGAGGAAGAAGAAUAGGAGGCUUA